GCCGGGUGUUGCAGGAGGAGUAUACGAACCACAGCUGCUCUCCAGAUAACCUUCUUUGGUGUUGCGGCGCCUGCCAUAGCCCAGGUCAGGUGAGUGGCGGAGGCCGCUCCCAGCGCUCUUGAGCGACCGGGGCCUUGUAUCUGGCACCAAUUCUGGCCCAGUCAUUUGUGAUCCAUGGCUCUUGUGAUAUGCCGAAGAUUUCCAGGCACUGUUUGUGGAACACCUCCCCGUCCAGCUCUGAUAAAGCACCAAAUAAACAAGAAAUUGCCUGGUCAAACCUGUGAGGACAGUGUUCUGACUGCCAAAAAGAUCGGUACUGACGCCAGAAUGGCAGCCAUGCUGAAGUUAUUAAAACCUUUAAUAUAUCGAACACUUUGCAUUCCUUUUGCUGUUAGAGCAGCCGGAAGUGUGGUAUAUUGGAAUGUGAGAAGCAGCGGGCAGCAUGGGGGACAGGACUCUCCAGAACACGGUAGCUCCUACCAUCCUGCCAAAAACAUUGAGAACAUUUGUACCAGGUCCUCUUCUCAGAGGACCUUCACAACCAGCAGUGCCCUUCUGGGUUUGGAAUUCAACGAAUCCUCUACCUCUGAGGCCAGCGUGUUACAGCCGGGUUCACCUGGAGCCAUCAGAGUUACUGAAGAGGAUGUAGAAGUUUUUGAUUCCUUUGAAGACCUCCGAGUUUUCUUGCAGCUAAGACCAGAGUAUCAGCUUCACAGCUAUAACAGAUCUGCGACUUGUCAGCCCCUUUCUAUUUCAGAAGGUGAACUAAUUUUGCACAAAGUCAGAGUUUAUCAAAGUAAUCUCCAGCCACAGAUCAUCGCUGAUUAUUUCUGUAAACUGAGCUCUUUGCCUGCAGAGCAGCAUCCUGUUUUGCUCUCCAAUACCAGCUUUGCUUUGCUUUGCCAGCUGAGUGUGAAAAAUACACAGUUCUUUGAUACCCCAGAUCUGAUCAAUAUUUUGAAAGCCUUUGUCAGUUUAGGAAUCCCUCACUCCCAUUCAAUGCUGGCUGUGUAUGAAACCAAAUUUUGCCAUCAGGUAUGGGAGAUGAGUCUAGAUCAGCUCCUCUUGGUGGCUGAUCUUUGGCGAUGCUUAGGCCGCAGAGUACCUCAGUUUUUAAAAAUCUUUUUUAGUUUUCUUAAUUUGCACUGGAAAGAUCUAUCCUUGUCCCAACUGGUUCACUUAAUUUAUAUUAUAGGUGAAAAUCGUCAGGUACCUCAGGACCUAAUGCAAAAACUGGAAUCAUUGAUCCUUAAGUAUAUUGAUUUGAUCAAUUUAGAGGAGGUGGGUACAAUCUGUUUGGGGUUCUUUAAAUCAAGUAGUAGUCUCUCUGAAUUUGUCAUGCGAAAAAUUGGAGACUUGGCUUGUGCUGACAUGCAGCAUUUGAGUAGUCACGCUUUAGUGCAUAUUCUUAAAAUGUUCCGUUUCACUCAUGUGGAUCACAUAAAUUUCAUAAAGCAGUUUGUAGAGGUUGCUCCUCAGCGCAUUCCUUCCCUGGGAGUUCAAGGUGUCAUGCAUCUGACUCUUGGCUGCUCUGCACUACGCAUCCUAGAUGAAAGAGUAAUGAAUGCUGUGGCUGCUUCAUUGCCUCCUAGAGUAGCACACUGCCGAAGUAAAGAUAUUGCCAAGAUUUUGUGGUCAUUUGGAACCCUGAAUUAUAAGCCACCCAAUGCAGAAGAGUUUUAUUCCAGCCUGAUCAAUGAGAUUCACAGAAAGAUGCCUGAAUUCAGCCAAUACCCUGAACAUCUACUCACCUGCCUGCUGGGCCUGGCAUUUUCUGAGUACUUUCCAAUAGAGCUUAUCAAUUUUGCUCUGAGUCCAGGGUUUGUCAGGUUAGCUCAGGAGAGAACCAAGUUUGAACUCACUAAGGAAUUAUAUACUCUUGAUGGUACAGUUGGCAUUGAAUGUCCACAUUACGGAGGUAAUCGUCUUUGUUCUCAUCUUCAGCAAGAGGGAUCUGAAAUGCUGUGGGAUUUGGCAAGAAAAGAUAUGAACUCAAAGCCUGAAUUCCUAGAAACUCUCUUUUUACUUGAAACCAUGUUGGGUGGGCCCCAGUACAUCAAGCAUCAUAUGAUUUUGCCUCAUACCCGAUCUUCUGACUUGGAGGUCCAGCUUGAUGUUAACUUGAAGCCAUUACCAUUUAAUAGAGAAGCCAUACCAGGUGAAAAUGUAGGCAAAUUACAGCUUAAGCAUGUGGGAGUCAGCCUUACAGAUGAUUUGAUGAAUCAGUUACUAAAAGGGAAAACCAGAGGACAUUUCCAGGGGAAAAUUGAAUCAGAAAUUGGGCAGCAGCCCAUGGAGGUAGAGAAUAAGGCAGCCAGACCUUUGGGGGACUCUCUUUGCAAUAUGACAGAUAAGUUGGGACCCCUUCAGGUCCCAGCAGUAAAGCUGGCUAUUCAAAUAACAAAUAAGAACCAAUAUUGUUAUGGUUCCAGGGAUCUGCUUGGACUACAUAACAUGAAGAGACGGCAGCUGAUUCGGCUUGGCUAUCGUGUGGUAGAGUUAUCCCACUGGGAAUGGCUCCCAGUAUUGAAACGAACUCGCUUAGAAAAGCUGGCAUUCCUCCAUGAGAAAGUAUUCACGUCUGCUCUCUGAAAGGCUGUUCGAGGCAUUUCUACUCAAAAGCUGUAGGACUAUACUGUUGCUAAGUGUUAAGGAAAUAAUUAUAAAAGCCAUAGUGUAAGUUUGGUAAUGAAAUUGUGUAUGUAGAAGAUUUAGUUGUGCUCUUGGCUAGGGCAGAUUUCAGCUAAUAUAUGUAACUGUGAAUUAAAUGUAAUCUCGUUGAGUUGUACAGGUUGCUGCUAAUUUGUACAUAUUAUCCUUUACAAAUAAUAAAUGUCUUAAG